CAGCCUUAGUCUAUUGAAGUAAUUGAUAUUAAAUGAUUUAAUUUAAUUUUAUUGCGUUCCAUUCAAGUAUAAAUUAAGGGAGAACGAGUAAAACAUGUGAUGACGUCCGAGAGAUCCAUUGACGUGGGACACGGCUGAACUGAUGUUUCUAGUAAAAUUAGAUCAGUCACUAAAAAGAAGGUUAAGGUUAGGCGACGUGUUUGAGGUUAGAACCGAUUUGGCAGCGGGAGGUUUUUAAAUUUCGCGAUGGACGACGAAAAAGAGCCCGAGGAAAAGAAGCUGCUGUGUCGCCUAAAGAAUGACACUGGAGAGGUAGUCGGCGAUUUGAUGGACUUGCCCGCGAGCUGUACGGUCGAGCAGCUCGGCUUGAUUUGCAACGCGCUCCUCAAGCAGGAAGAAGCGGUCCCCUAUUUGUUUUACAUAAACGACGCCGAGAUAACGCAGAAUUUGCAAAAGACUCUAGAAAUAGUGAACGCCGAUUUUAGUACCGAGAACGUCAUCGAUAUAGUAUAUCAGCAGCAGGCUGUGUUUAAAGUGAGACCAGUGACGAGAUGCACGGCUUCGAUGCCCGGACACGCGGAAGCCGUGAUAUCGGUGAGUUUUUCUCCCGACGGCAAGCAUUUGGCGAGCGGAUCGGGGGAUAUGACUGUAAGAUUUUGGGAUGUGGACACCCAAACGCCGUACUACACUUGCAAAGGGCACAAGAAUUGGGUGUUGUGCAUCAGUUGGUCUCCGGAUAGCGCGAAGCUCGCUUCCGCUUGUAAAGAUGGAAGGAUUAUUAUUUGGAACCCCCUAACGGGCACCCAAGUUGGUAAAACCAUGAUUGGACAUAAGCAGUGGAUUACUUCUUUGAGCUGGGAACCAUAUCACAAAAACCCAGAGUGCCGCCUUCUAGCAAGCUCAUCCAAGGAUGGCGACAUAAGAGUAUGGGACACUAUAUUGUGCACCACGCUUUUAACAAUAUCAGGUCACACCAAAUGCGUAACUGUGGUUAAGUGGGGCGGGUCAGGAUUGAUUUAUUCUGCAUCUCAGGACAGGACCGUGAAGGUUUGGAGGGCGAAGGAUGGCGUUUUGUGUAGGACUUUGGAGGGGCACGCUCAUUGGGUUAACACUUUAGCACUGAGCACAGAUUACAUCCUGAAAAUCGGCGCGUUCGACCCAGUCAAGGAUUCCAACAAGGAUACAUUUCGCUCUGACAAAAAGAAGUCCCAGGAAUUUGCCCUCAAAAGGUUUUACGAAGUUAUAGAACCUCACGGUGAAAGGUUAGUCUCAGGUUCAGACGACUUUACCCUAUUCCUUUGGGAUCCGGAAAAGGGCAAAAAACCUCUGGCGAGGCUGACGGGUCACCAACAAUUAGUGAACGACGUAAAAUUCUCUCCCGACGGUCGGAUGAUUGCGUCGGUUUCUUUCGACAAAUCGAUUAAACUGUGGGACGCGAAAACUGGGAAAUUUCUAGGGACGUUGCGGGGCCACGUGCAGGCCGUGUAUAUGGUGGCGUUUUCGGCCGAUUCCAGACUGAUGGUCAGCGGUAGUGCGGACUCGACUUUGAAAUUGUGGAAUUUGAGGACUAGAAAAUUAGAAAUCGACUUGCCCGGUCACGCGGACGAAGUAUACGCUGUCGAUUGGUCCACCGACGGCCUAAAAGUAGCGUCCGGGGGCAAAGAUAAAGUUUUAAGGUUGUGGCAACACUGAGCCGUGACCAAACAUUUUUA